AUCAACACUUUAUGUCAUGCUAACGAGUGGAUAAUGAUUGGGCAAAGCAACGGCCCCUACAGCACAAGUACGAGAAAAUCAAUUUGGCAUCUGACGGACGAUGGGAUGAAUGUGGUGGUGAAGGUUUUGAGAUCUUCUUGAAAAGAAGCUUUCCUGGCAUCUCUCAGACUCAAGCGAAUACAGUGAGAGGAGUUUGAAAAGAUGGAAUGUGACCACGAGGAUGAACAUGGUGGUUCAAAAUCCAACUUUCGUGACGAUGAGCUGCAAAACAAUUCAGGUCUUAGUACAUCAGCUUGCGAACACACUGAGUCAUCUGAUGUAAAAGACCUGGAAUCUAUAAGAACGUGUCUUAAGGACAGUGAACUAUCACCGACUGAUGAACUUUCUGGGAAGGAAAACUUGUGUCUUAUUUCUCCUCUGAGCAAAUCAAAACCGCUAGCAUUUGAUGUGCAUAUCAAAGAAGUACAAACAGAUGUGAAAAAGCCAUUUCAAAAUGUCAAAAACCCUCCUGGCAGUGACAUCAACGAUGCUUUUCCUGUCUGCGUUCAACUACCCACAAGCCAUCUUAAAAAAUCACAUAUCACUGAUUAUAAAGCAACACACCGUCAUCGCAAAAUCAGCAAGUCCUCCAGCUCCACAUCGAGUCAUUUGAGCCUGAAAGCUCCUGUUGAAGACCUGUGUGCAUCCUUUUUGUUGGCGUGUUUGUUCUGCAAGUUUUGGGAUUGUGUGCUGGCCGUUGGUGAUGGAUGUCAGUACAGCGUGGCCUCUAUCUGUUCAUCCUUCUGCUCUAACGCAUGCUGUUGCGACCCUUCCUCUCUGGAGGACUAUAUAGAUUUAUGUUCAUGUUGCAGCUGCGCUGAAUACAUGGAGGCUUGUGGCUGUACUUGUGGAGAAAACACCUUUGACUGCUCCAUUUGUGAUCUCUGUCUACAGACAACUGAGUGUCUGGAACUAGGCAUGGAACUCUCUCAGCUUCUGUUUCACUAGCUGCUCAUGAUAUCUCACACUCAUUUAUAUACUGGUCAUAACAAUCACAUAAAGGUGGAAUGGAAUGUAGCAAAUAUAAUGUGCUGAUUUCACAAGCAUGCAAAUCUGCUGGUUGAUCCCCUGGCUGUGAUACUUCUAGGCUGCAUUUGAUGCAUUAGAGGGAGAAAAAAAAGCAUAUGUCAUUUACAUGUCACCUGAAACAGAAUAUAUUGAAAUAUUAAGUUUUUGUUUAGCUCAUUACAAUUUGUCAAUAUUUGGUCAUAUUUUUUUUAUUUUAUUAUGAAGAUAAAU